AUGACAGAUGUAUGGAAGUCUAACGCAAGAAAGUUCUGCGAACUCUGCAAGGUAUGGUUUGCUGAUAAUCGAGUUAGUAUAGAACAUCAUGAAAGAGGACAAAAGCACAAAAAUGCAAUCCAGGCUAAACUACGGGAAGUUGGUAAAAAAAGCAAGCAAAAAGCACAAGAGCAAAAUAGACUGCAAGCCACUUUGGCAAUGAUGGAAACGGCAGCGAGAAAGAGCAUGCAAACGAACGACGACCCAUCGUUUUCAGCGGAAAUUAUUAGUCGACCUCCGAAGCUAGAAAAUCAUGUGAAUCCUUCUGCACAUCCGGUGCCAUCUCAAAAAAUGAAUCGUGAAAUAGUGAAAAAAGAAAAAAUAGAAAUGAAAAAGACGGGGAAUGCACAGAAAACAAAUAAAUCCAGUGCAGAAGAUGAAAUAGUAUGGGUUGAAGCAAUAUCAGACGGUGGUGUGCCGUACUACUUUCAUGUGUAUAGCGGAGCAUCUGUUUGGGAGAAACCUCAAAAAUACUACACAGAGAAGCAGUAUGCGCUUAAAUUAGCUGAAAUGCAUAAUAAUAAUGAUGCUGUCGUAAAAAGCUCCUUGAAUUUAUCAAAUGUAGUCAAAGCAGAUAUAUUGGGCUCUAGUACCGAUGGGUCACCAAAAGAAGUAUCGCGAAAUUUGCAUUCAAUGAAUGUUACUACAAAAUUUGUUAUCAAUAGCUGUGAUAUUCCAUUGCCUCCAGUUCCUCAGAAUCAGGAGCAACCAAAUUUAGCUGUUAAAGUUGAAGCUGUGAAUAUAAAGGAUUGUCAUAUUACUCCUCAUGAUUGCUUACCAUGCACCUCACGAGUGAAUGUUAAAACUGAACCAAAAGACGUUGAAAAAAGCACUGUUGUGCGAAAGGAAUCUGCUAAAUGCAGUCCUUAUGGUCCGUGGAUUCCGGUUGUAAAACCAGCGGAAAAGCCGAAAAUUGAUUGGGAGUUACCUACCAAAGAAGAAGGACGCAAAGAAGUUGCUGAACCAACUUUAUUACCGGAAGAUAUUGCAAUACUUGGUGAUAAAACUGUUGUGGUAAAGCGAAAAAAAAUAACGGGACCUAUAGAAUUUAAAAAAAGGAAAACAGUAAUGAGAAUUAGACGACCUGACAGUGAUUGA